AAGAAUUAAAGGCAAAGAAUGACAAAAACAUUUUGACACAUCACUGCAACAUCUGAAUACCAAAAGGUUUGUUGUGUUGUUUUGACAAGAAAUGACAGAUACGAAGUUGGAUUUUGGGAACAUAGCAGGAGACAUUGAUAUUCCAGAUAAACAAAGCUCUUUAAAAGGAAAAGGGAAAUAAAGAUAAAUCAUGCGUAUAUCAGGAUUUAAAGCCAGAAUAAUGUCUCUUUCACUAUCAAAUGUAUCAGCCCGUGAAUGGAUUUCCAAGACAAGAGAAGGGAUCAAACCAUGGGGAGAAUUUAUCAGCACCAGUAGGUUUAAAGUACCUAAAUCUGUAAAACCUGUACCAGGGAGAGUCAUGAAGAAUAUAGAACAUUUCCAGAGCAAUUAUAUGUUUGUUUUUCUUGGUCUGGUUUUAUUUUGUGUAUUGACAUCACCCAUGUUACUGGUUGCCAUUGCAGCUUGUUUGGGGGCAUGUUACAUCAUCAGUUUAAAAAAUGCAGAAAAUAAACUUAAAAUAUUAGGUAAAGAAUUAAGUGUAGGUCAGCAGUAUGCAGUAGUUGGUGUGUGUUCAUUUCCAUUAUUCUGGCUAGCGGGAGCAGGGUCGGCUGUUUUCUGGAUUAUUGGUGCUUCUUUCUUCUUUAUAAUGUUGCAUGCCUCUAUGUACAUGACACCAGAUGAGCAAGAGGCUGUAGAAUUAGAGAUGGAUGAGGUUGUGUGAUAGGAGGAAUACCAACAAUGAUUCAGUCAGUACGCUACGGGUGGCAUUAUAUGAUAGUGUCAAACAUUGGUUUAUGGGAAAGUUACAUUGGUUUUUACAGGAUGUCACAUCUAACUAAUACUUUCAUCUAUAGAGCAUUUAUGUGCAUUUCUACCAUCUAGGGUAUUACAUCAUGAUUCAGUCAGAAUACAUACCAUGUGGAGAUUAUAAUACGCAGUAAACUUGGCAGAAUUAGUUUCUCUUAUAACUUCUUACUGUUCUUUAUCAUUUUUCAUAGGGAAUUUUUGAUAGCUGGAAACAUGCAUUGUAUAACCCAUCAAAACAAGCAAACAUCUGUUUUCACUUUGGGAUAUAAAUGUUCAUUCAUUCUACUUCCACUUAUUAAAUGGGUUGUAUAUCCUUGUGUUUGUUUGUUUGUUCAUCCAUUUCAACGUCAGAACUGCAGCUACUAUAAGCUGGACUCUGUAUUCAAAUUCUCACAGAAACUGUUGUGGUGUUGUUUUUCUCUUCUUUUUAUUCAAAUGAUUUUUGGGUUUCUUUUUGUAAUACAAAUGGACUUUGAUAAAUCCUUAAAUACAGUGGGUUUUUUU